AUGUCGUCCGUCUUCUCUGGCCGCAUCGCGCUCCGCCUCCACGACAACGUCGAGAGGUUCUGGGGUCAGAUCAAGACCCCGAAUCCGGAGGACGACCCGUGCUCCAAGAGAAACCGUGCGGCCGCCCUCUCCGAAGCAGCGUACGAAUACUUCCGCAGCGACGCCCACGAACGCGCCGUUUUUUGGACAGACGCGUCUAUGAGACGCACCAACGACUUCAGCACCAAGCCCGAGGGUGGUGCCGAGGGCGAUCACGCCGCAGCGGCCGUAGUCUGGCGCCGACCCUUGCCCGAUGGUGGUUGGGAAUGGGCGGACGAGGUUCAAGUUUACCGGUGCGAGUGCUGCCCAGAGCCUGACUGCUGGAGUCACCCCUGCACCAUCAGACGCGCCGAGAUGAAGGCCGUCCUCAUGGCCCUGAAGCGUGGAUACGCCUCGGUCCGCGCACACCAGCACGAACGUGUCGUCGCCAUCUACACAGACAAUCUCCGUGUCGUCGACACCAUCCGCGCCUACCGCAGGAGCCAGGCGAGACCUCCUGGCCCUCAUAACUGGAGCAGAGACCUUUUGCGGGAGAUAGUCCGCGUCACGAACGACAUCCGUUCCCAGGGUGUUGAGGUUGAGCUCCAGUGGAUUCCACGAGGCCAGAUCCAAGGCAACAAGAUCGCCGACUUCCUCGCCAGGAAUGCCGCUGGCAUGUGGCCGCCGCACUUUGAACUUCAGUGGAACGACGAGGACGAAGAGCAGGUUGAUCGCUUGAGGAUCUGGCACAUCCUCAACAAGCGGGAUCGCGAACGCGCGGUGCACCGUCCGUGGAUGCUGUGUAAGUCUAAUUUCCGCAACUCAAAACAUUUGGCGUAG